AUGGCGGCGCCUCAGGACUUCAAGUCACUGCAGGACGGAGUCCAGAACUCCUUGGUUGCCACCGUAAAAUACGCCAACCGAAUCGCCGCCGAAGACCUCAGCUUCCAACGGACCGUCAACCCGGAUGCCGCCGAGCAGCUCGACGAAAAUUCGUCCCGCCUUCUUGAGCUCUCUACUCGCCUUUUGCAGUCAGCUGCGCGCGCCUGUGGUGUCGCCGCCCCGACGCUCAAGGAUGCGGACGACAUUGAUUUAAAUUGGCAGGGUGUCGUUGACGUCGUCGACUCGGUCCUCGAAAAGGCCGACACGGCUCUCGACGAAUAUACCGGGCUCAUCAAGCGCAAAGAACCACCUUCAGAUGCUACCCCUAAGCCAAAGAAAGCGAAACCCACGAACAAAGUCAUACGAAAUGCCAACGUGGUUAAACCCCAAGUCACUUUCGAACUGCAACCCGACAAUUUUCCCACUGGUCCCUGGAAGCCGAUUCUCACAAAGAAGCCUCAUGCUAUUGUACCUUUGGAGGAGAGUCUCAUCACAUUUACCGACGAAAAUGGUUCGACACAAUACAAGCACCCAUACGAGCCUGAAAUUUUGCAAAUGGCCUAUCCCGAUAGCAUUUUCAAAGUGGCGAAGCCCAUCCCGUGGCAGCCUGUCGAGACAACCACGGCAAAAUGGGUCGAUACAUACGAAGGCGUACUCGAAAUGCUUCAGGAGCUGAAGAAGUCAAAGGAGCUCGCCAUCGAUCUCGAGCAUCAUGACUUCCGAACAUACACGGGUCUUGUUUCUCUCAUGCAGAUUAGCACCCGACAGCAGGACUGGAUCGUCGACACUCUUCAACCUUGGCGCCACAAGCUCGAGAUACUCAACGAGGCUUUCGCGGACCCUUCAAUUAUAAAGGUCUUCCACGGCGCGUACAUGGACAUGGUUUGGCUCCAGCGCGACUUGGGUCUUUACGUCAAUGGUCUUUUCGACACUUUCUUUGCUUGCGAGCAACUGGGUUACUCGGGCCGUAGCCUCGCCUUUUUGCUCUCCAAAUUUGCCGAUUUUGAUGCUGAUAAGCAGUAUCAGCUGGCCGACUGGCGCAUUCGCCCAAUCCCGGAAGAAAUGCUCUACUAUGCGCGUUCCGAUACUCAUUACCUGCUCCACAUAUAUGACCAAGUUCGCAAUGACCUCGUCUCUUCAUCGAACCGAAGCGCACCAGAGCAGGACCUCAUAGGUCGUGCUCUGCAGAAAUCGAAAGAUCUUUCCCUGUCUCGACACGUACACGCAGGCUACCAAGAGGAGAAUGGGGAAGGCCCACGCGGCUGGUACAACUACCUGCUGAAGCAUUCACAUCUGUCCUAUGACGCAGCACAAUUCACCAUGUUCAAGACUAUUUGGAAGUGGCGUGAUGAUACGGCGAGAAAAGAAGAUGAAAGUCCCAACUUCGUUCUAGGGACGAACCAUCUGGCUGACAUCUGCCGUGCCAAUCCUCCAGACGCCAAAGCUCUUCACAGCCUAAUGCCUCUCACAGCGCCUUUGGCCAGAUCGAGAAUCAACGAGAUAUGGGCGCGCGUUUUGGAAGCUAGUCAAAAUCCGGGACCCAGCCUGCUGCAAUUCUUUGCAAGUAUUGCCCCGGACGCGGCUACUAGAGACGCGCUGCCCAAGCCAGGCCGCGACCUCACAAAAUUGCCAGACCUUGGCGGUAAGAUUGCCUACAGAAACCUGCCACGCUCGCGCUUGUUCGGUGAUAUGCCCAUCAGCUCCCUAUGGGAUGGCUCACGGGACGUGGAUGAGGAGCUGAAGGGGGAAGUGCCCUUCCCUUGGCAAAGGUUCGUUGUCUCUGUUCAAGAGGGUGCAGAAGUGGAAGAAGAUACUACUUCGCCUGCAGAGCCCGAAACUCCUGCGCCUGCGCUGCCUGCCCCUAUAGAGGAGGACGAAGAGUUUACAUUGAAACGCGGAACAAAACGCAAGUCAGAAUCUGCGCCUGAUGUCGAAUCGGAAACAAGCGAGGAUUCCGACUCUGACGAGGAUGAGGAGGGUGAUACGCGAAUGGAGCCAGCGCUCGCCGAUGGUAUAAUUGAUAUUGAUGAUGAACAAAGCAAGCCGAGGAAGCAGCGCAAGGCUUCCAAGAAGCAGGCUGCACAGGAAAUACAGCAGAAGCGAGAAGCUAGACGGGCCAAGAAGGCGCAGCGCCAGGCAGAAAAGCAACAGAAAAAGUCGGCAGCAGGGACCAAGUACAAUGCGGUGCCGUUCGAUUAUAGCAGCGCGGCAUCUGUCAUGCACGCCAAGCGUGACGGUGCUGCGGCCGCUCGCCCAGCGAAGCCGCAAAAGGUGUUUGAUCCAUACUCCAAGACUGGAGACGAGCCAAUGAAGGGCGCGAGAAAGGCGCCACCAAUUAGGGGAGAGAGGAGUGCUACGUUCAAGAAAUAA